AUGCGAUUUUCGCUCAUAUUUCUCUCAAAUUUCCUAAUAUUCUCUAGUUUUAGUCAAGAUUCCUAUUCCUAUUACAAUGAGAAAUCAGAAGUUAGGGUAACUCUGCGAGUUAUGACAUUUAACAUUUGGAAUUCGGGAGCAAAUGUGGAAAAUGGACAGCAGAAGAUUGCCAAGCAUAUUUUGUUGGUGAAUCCGGAUAUUGUGGCGUUGCAGGUGAGUUAGGCUAAGUUGGAGCGGAAAAUUUGGGAUUUUUGGUGAAAUUUGGGUUUGGGAAGCUGAAAUUCCAGUUUUAGAGAUUAUUUUUGACUAAAAAUUCGUGAUUUUCAAUGAAAAAUCACCGAAAAACAUAAAUUUCAAGGCUCCGCCCAUUUUUUGCAAGUCUGGCACAGUUUUUUAUCGGAAAAUCCGGAAAAUUUGAGUUUUUCGGACAAAAAAGUGGGCGUGGCUUAAUUUUGCAACCCUGGCACAGUUUUUUAUCGGAAAAUCCAACAAUUUUGAUAAAAAGGGGCGGAGCCUAUUUUCUGCAAGUCUGGCACAGUUUUUUGAUCUAAAAAUUUGAAUUUCUAGUCAAAAAUCAAUCAAAAUCCGGGAAUUUUGGACAAAAAGGGGGCGUGGCUUAAUUUUGCAACCCUGGCACAGUUUUUUCACCAAAAAUUUUGAAUAAAAGUGGGCGGAGCCUAUUUCUGCAACCCUGGCACAGUUUUUUCAUUAAAAAAAAACAGAAAUUUGGAUCAGAAAGGGGCGGAGCCUAUUUUUUGCAAGUCUGGCACAGUUUUUUGAUCGGAAAAUUCAAUUUUUCAAUGAAAAAUCACCCAAAAACAUAUAUUUUAGGCUCCGCCCAUUUUUCUGCAACCCUGGCAUAGUUUUUUAACUCCAAAAAAUCAGAAAAUUCGUUCAAAAACCAAUAAUUUCAAUCAAAAAGGGGCGGAGCCUAUUUUCUGCAAGUCUGGCACAGUUUUUUGAUCGGAAAAGUUGAAUUUCUAGUCAAAAAUCAACCGAAAUCCGAAAAUUUUGAUCAGAAAGGGGGCGUGGCUUAAUUUUGCAAGUCUGGCACAGUUUUUUGAUCUAAAAAUUUGAAUUUCUAGUCAAAAAUCAACCGAAAUCCGCGAAUUUUGGACAAAAAGUGGGCGUGGUUUAAUUUUGCAAGCCUGACACAGUUUUUUGAUCGAAAAACUUGAAUUUCUAGUUUAAAAUUACCCAAAAUCCAACAAUUUUGAUCAAAAAGGGGGGGAGCCUAUUUUUUGCAACCCUGGCACAGUUUUUUGAUCGAAAAAUCCAACAAUUUUGAUCAAAAAGGGGCGGAGCCUAUUUCCUGCAACCCUGGCACACAUUUUUCUCCAGGAAACCUACAUCAACGUGACUCAAAACCUAACCCGAAUGUUGGGUCCCGCGUGGAAAUCCAUCGAACAUCCGAAUUCCACGUAUCCGGAUACAGUAAUCCUCACCCGUCAACUAAUUAUUCCCAAUUCAAUUUUCUCGACAGACUUCGGUUUGGGAUGCAAAAUAAUGUUGCGCAGUGGACCUGUGGUGAAUGUUUGGAAUUCGCAUUUGCACUAUGCCAGUUAUGGUCCGUAUGCGGCUUAUAAUAAAAUGGUAACUGAUAUUGGACAAAUUAUGAGUGGAGAGUUGAUUCGUGAGUGUUUUUUGGCGGGAAAUUUGGAGCAUUUUGAGCCUGAAUAUGGCGUGGGAAGAUUGGUGGCCUAGAAAAAUUGAUUUCUGGUUUUCUAGGCCAUCAGAUUCCAGUCAUUUUGAACCAGAAUAAACCGUGGCCUAGAAAUCUUCGAAUUGGUUUUCUAGGCCAUCAGAUUUCAAUCAUUUUUAACCAGAAGAAGCCAUGGCCUAGAAAUCUUCGAAUUGGUUUUCUAGGCCAUCAGAUUCCAGCCAUUUUGAGCCUGAAUAAAGCGUGGCCUAGAAAAAUUUAUUUUUGGUUUUCUAGGCCAUGAAAAUCCGGGUUAUUUUGAGCCUAGAUAACACAUGGCCUAGAAAUCUUCAGUAUUGGUUUUCUAGGCCAUGAAAAUCUGGUCAUUUUGAGCAUAAAUAAUACAUGGCCUAGAAAAUUAGAUUUUGGUUUUCUAGGCCAUCAGGUUGCAUACAUUUUCAACCAAAAUAAGCCGUGGCCUAGAAAUCUUCAACAUUGGUUUUCUAGGCCAUGAAAAAAAAACAUUGCUCAUGUUAGAAAAUUCCUCACAAUCUGAUUUUUGAAAUUUUUUGCCUGAAAAAUCCCUGAAACCCGAAAACCCGUAAUUUUACGUUUCAAAAAUUUUUGAAAAAAAAUUUUUUUUUUGAAUUUUUUGAUGGGGACCCAAUUUCCACUGGAAAAUAAAUCGAAAUAUCUAGUUUGGCAGAAAAAUGUGCAUUUUUUUGGAGCAUUGCUCAUGUUAGCAUUUUUCAGUGAAAAUUCGGUGAAAAUUCGAGAUUUUCAGCCGGAAAUUGAAUUUUGAAUGAAAAUUCGAAAAUCCAUAAUUUAGGCGAAAAAUUAGCUGAAAAUUUGAAUUUUUCAUUAAAAAUAUCCGGAGAAUUGAUUUCUGAAACCGGAAAAUUCAGAAUUUCAUGAAAAAUACAAUUUUCAAGCCAGAAACAAGCUUCGGGGCCUAAAAAAUACCUCCAAAAUUCAAAAUUGACCUGAAAAUCUGUAGAAUUCAUAUUUCUGAACUUGAAAAUUCAAAAAUACCUGAAAAAUCCAAUUUUCUUGAAGUUCGAGCCCCAGAAGUGCUCAAAAUCCCCUUUCCAAGAAAAUCAUGGCAUUGCUCAUGUUAGAGAUUUUUGAAAUUUUUGGCGAAAAAAUUCCUGAACCCCGAAAACCUGUAAAUUUACGUUUCAAAAAUUUUUUGAAAAAAACAUUUUUUUUUUGAAUUUUUUGAUAUAGUGCCCAUUUCCACUGGAAAAUAAAUCGAAAAUUCUAGUUUGGAAGAAAAAUGUGCAUUUUUUUUAGCAUUGCUCAUGUUAGCAUUUUUCAGUAAAAAUUCGAGAUUUUCAGCCAGAAAUUUAAAUUUGAACAGAAGUUUCGAAAAUCCAUAAUUUAGGCUAAAAAUUAGCUGAAAAUUUGAAUUUUUCAUCAAAAAUAUCCGGAGAAUUGAUUUCUGAAACCGGAAAAUUCAAAAUUUCAUGAAAAAUUCAAUUUUUUGAGCCAGAAAGAAGCUUCGAGGCCUAAAAAUAUCUGAAAAAAUUCAAUUUUUUGGCUGAAAAUAAGCCUCCUAGCCUAUAAAUACCUCGAAAAUUCAAAAUUGACCUAAAAAUCUGUAGAAUUCAUGUUUCUGAACCGGAAAAUUCAAAAUUUCAUGAAAAUCUUAAUUUUUGAGCCAGAAACAAGCUCCCGGGCCUAAAAAUACCUGAAAAAUUCAAUUUUUAAACCAGAAACAAGCUUCCAGGCAUGAAAAUCGCCAAAAAAUUCAAAUUUUCUUGCAGUUCGAGCCCCAGAAGUGCUCCGAAUCCUCUCCCUCCCGAAAUUCCAAAACUGGCUCCAAAAAUCCCAAGACAUUCCCAUCAUUUUCUGCGGUGAUUUCAAUGCUCCCUCACAUUUGGAUUGGACCACCCAAACCGAAAAAAUGCACGGAAAUUGGAAAGUCGAAUGGCCGGCAACGAAAUUGUUGGAAGACGCUGGAUUUUUGGAUAGCUAUCGAGAAAUUUAUCCGAAUGUUCUGGAGAAUCCGGGAAGAAGUUGGAGCACGGUGAAUAAGUGGAAUCCCGAAUGGAAUUGGUCGAUUCCAGAGCCGCAAGAUCGCAUUGAUUUUAUUUUUUAUAAAGGUGAGCGAGUUUUGAGGAAGGGUUUUGAGCCGAAAUUUGGGAUUUUUGGGAAAUUUUGACCUAAAAAUUAUAAAAAUUCGAUAAAUUUUGACCUAGAAACAAGAAAAUUGAUCAAUUUUGACCUGAAAUUUGAAUUUUUCAUCAAAUUUUGACCCUGGAAACUUUGAAACAGUGAAUUUUUGAACUACAUUUUUUCACUGUUUCAAAAAAAUAUUAAUAAAUUCAAAAAAAAAUUGAAAUUUCGAUAACAUUUCAUAAAAAUUUGAUGUUAGAACGUUUUCCACUAAAGUUUGACUAAAACUUUAAUUUUUGAGCCGAAAAGUAUGAAAAUUAAAUAAUUUUCAGCAGAAAUUUGAAUUUUUCAUGAAAUUGUGACCCUGGAAACUGUGAAACUUAAAAAUUCGUCCUUAAAAAUUCACUGUUUCAAAGUUUCCUCAAAUAUUUAUUGCAAAAAUAUGAAUAUGAUUUUGGAUGGGUUUCCUGAUCCACUGAAAGUUUGACCAAAAUUUCAAUUUUUUGAGCCAAAAAUUAUGAAAAUUAAAUAAUUUUGACCUGAAAAUUGAAUUUUCCAUCAAAUUUUUGACCCUGGAAACUUUGCAACAGUGAAUUUUCUGAUUUUCAAAAAAUUCACAAAUAAUUAAUUUUGAUCAGCAAUUCUUAUUCUACAUGAAUUUUGAAACUCUAAACACUAAUUAUUUUUUUUUGAAAAUUCACUGUUUCAAUAUUUCUUCAAACAUUGGCGGGAUUUGAAUCUAACAUUGUUGUUUGAAUAUUUUAAGGAAAAACAUGAAAAAUUGAUUUUUGACCUGAAAUUGAAUACUUUGAAUAAAAUAUUAGAUUUCCUAGCUAGAUACCGUGAAAAUUCAUGAAUAUUUACCUCAAAUUUGAAUUUUUCCAUAAAAAAUUGAAAAUUUUUAAUUUUGAUAUCAAAAAAAUUUCCUUUGAAAUAUGUUUUUCAUAAUUUUUUGACCUAGAAACAUGAAAAUUUUUGAAUUUUGACCUGAAAUUCGAAUUUUUUUAAUGAAAUUUUGAUCCUGGAAACUUUGAAACAGUGAAAAAUUCUUCCUUAAAAAUUCACUGUUUCAAUGUUUCUUCAAAUAUUUAUUACAAAAAUAAAUAUGGUUUUGUAAAGAUUUCCAUUUACACUGAAACUUUGACCAAAAUUUCAAUUUUUGAGCCAAAAAGUAUGAAAAUCAAAUAAUUUUGAGCUGAAAUUUGAAUUUUUCAUGAAAUUUUGACCCUGGAAACUUUGAAACAGUGAAAAUUUCUAUUUUCAAAAUUUCACUGUUUCAAAGUUUCUUCAAAUAUUUAUCGCAACAAUGUAAAUAUGUUUUGGAGAGAGAUUUCCUGUUCCACUGAAAGUCUGACAAAAACUUCAAUUUUUGAGCCAAAAAGUAUGAAAAUCAAAUAAUUUUGAGCUGAAAAUUGAAAUUCUCAUCUAAUUUUUGACCCUGGAAACUUUGCAACAGUGAAAAUUUCUAUUUCAAAAAUUCACUGUUUCAAAAAUUCCUUUAAAAAAAUUUUUAGAACAAUAAAAAUUGCUCCAUGUAUGUUAAUAUAAUUAUAUUCUGAAACUUAUCAAAAACUAGGAUUUUUCAUGGAAAUUGUAUAGUGUUUUUCUAAAAUUUGAAUUUUUCAUCGAAUUUCGGUCCAGAAAUGUCGAAAAAAAGUUCACUGUUUCAAAAAUUUCUGAUUUUUCACCUCAAAAAAUGAAUUUCAGGUCAAAAAUCUCGAAUUUUUCACUUUCCCGCGUCAAAAAUUCAUGAAAACCCCAAAUUUUCGCUCAAAAUUCAAUUUCAGAUCUAAUUUCAGGUCCCCUGAUCCCAUUCCAAUCCGUGCUCUACUCGGGCUACGAAAAAUUGCACGCCAUUCCAAAUCACCAUCAAAACGACUAUCCCAGUGAUCAUUUUGCAGUUUUCACCGAUUUCAGCUUCAUUUCCUGA